ACUCAACUCAGACCUAAGCCAUAUAACAGUUUCCGCUACACAAGCCAAAAUUAAAUUCAUGUCUGAAUAACAUUUUCCGUUUCCCCUUUCCGCUCCCAAUUCAAUGGCCUCCUCUGCAACUCUCCCUCCCAUUCUCUCUCUAAACCUCUCUUCCUUCCCAGUUCCCAAGCCCUACGCUCGAACACUCUCUACCAAUCACUCUCUCUCCUCUCUCUCUCCUCUCUCCAUGUCCUCUUUACUCCGCCGCUUUCAUCUUUUCCGGCAGAAACACAGCGGCCGACGAUCCAAGGGCUCGGCCUAUUCCGCUUACGUGACUGGUCCAGCUUCUGAUCCCAAUUAUGCCGAGAACGAUCCCAAAGUUGACUUUUCGAGCCUCAGUGAUGGUGAAAAUGCGCAACCGGUUAAUGCCAUCAGUUGGGGUCUGUUGUGGAGUCUUCUGGGUCGCCACAAGUUGAGACUCGCGGUUUCGGUUCUCACUCUUGCGGGUUGUACCACUUGCACUCUCUCAAUGCCCAUAUUUUCAGGGAGAUUUUUCGAAGUACUUAUUGGUACGAGACCUGAACCUUUAUGGAAGCUGCUUGGUAAGAUUGGGGUGCUGUAUGCAUUGGAACCAAUUUUCACUGUUAUUUUUGUUGUGAACUUGAACACUAUAUGGGAGAAUGUGAUGUCAAAAUUAAGAGCUCAGAUAUUUCGAAGGAUAUUGAUUCAGAAGGUUGAGUUUUUUGACCGGUACAAGACUGGUGAACUCACUGCAUUAUUGACAUCUGAUUUGGGUUCUUUCAAAAAUAUCGUGAGCGAAAACAUUUCAAGGGAUCGUGGAUUCAGGGCACUUUCUGAGGCAAGCUAUUCUACACUAAACAAAAGUGAGCUUUAUGUUGUUGGAACAAUAUUCAUACUGUUCACCCUCUCCCCCAAGCUUGCACCACUUCUGGGACUACUCAUGCUUGCUGUGUCUAUUUCAGUUGCUGUGUACAAGCGAUCCACUGUGCCUGUUUUUAAAGCUUAUGGUAUGGCUCAAGCAUCCAUAGCAGAUUGUGUUACUGAAACUUUCUCAGCCAUUCGUACUGUAAGAUCAUUUGGUGGAGAAAAACGUCAAAUGUCAAUGUUUGGUAGCCAGGUUCUUGCUUAUCAGGCUAGUGGCAUGAAGCUGGGUACUUUCAAAUCUUUAAAUGAAUCUCUGACUAGAGUUGCAGUUUAUAUCUCUUUGUUGGCUUUGUAUUGGCUUGGAGGAAGCAAAGUAAAAACAGGUGAACUAUCCAUAGGAACUGUGGCUGCUUUUGUUGGAUACACUUUUACAUUAACUUUUGCUGUUCAAGGGCUGGUCAACACAUUUGGAGAUCUCCGUGGAGCUUUUGCUGCUACAGAGAGGAUUAACUCUGUUUUAUCUGAGGGUGAAAUUGAUGAAGCCCUUGCUUAUGGUUUAAGAAGAGAAAUCAAGAAUAAGGAAGUGCAUGAUAAAAGUUUUGAACUGUUGUUUAUCAAUGGUUCUGAUGGGAAAAAUGAAUCUCGUAAUAUGCAUUACAUGUCGGCCUUGAAAUCAGCUAACAGUCUGGAUAGCCUAGCCUGGUCUGGUGAUAUAUGCCUUGAAGAUGUGUACUUCUCUUAUCCUUUGAGGCCUGAUGCGGAAAUCCUAAGAGGUCUCAAUCUAAAGCUAAAAUGUGGAACUGUAACUGCUCUAGUGGGCCCAAGUGGUACAGGGAAAAGUACAAUAGUACAGCUAUUGUCACGUUUCUAUGAGCCAACCAAAGGUCGUAUAACAGUUGCAGGAGAGGAUGUACGGACAUUUGAUAAGAGUGAAUGGGCUCGGGUUGUUUCCAUAGUGAAUCAAGAACCUGUUCUUUUCUCGGUGUCUGUUGGAGAAAAUAUUGCUUAUGGGCUCCCAGAUGACUAUGUAUCCAAGGAUGACGUGAUAGAGGCAGCCAAGGCUGCAAACGCUCAUGAUUUCAUAAUCUCGCUCCCACAGGGUUAUGACACGCUUGUUGGCGAGCGUGGAGGUUUACUAAGUGGAGGACAGAGACAGAGAGUUGCUAUUGCUAGGGCUCUGCUCAAGAAUGCCCCAAUCCUGAUACUCGAUGAGGCCACCAGUGCUUUGGAUGCAGUUAGUGAGCGCAUGGUCCAGGAUGCUUUGAAUUACCUGAUGAAGGGAAGAACAACAAUGGUGAUUGCUCACAGAUUAAGCACAGUUCAGAAUGCACAUCAAAUUGCCCUCUGUUCUGACGGGAAUAUAGCGGAGCUUGGAACGCACUUAGAGUUGGUGGACAGGAAGGGUCAGUAUGCGUCUUUGGUUGCCACUCAAAGGCUUGCAUUCGAGUGAUAUUGAUAUUUCUGGAUAGCACCACUCAGUCUGAUCGAAUGCCAAGCGCCACACACGUGAGUUGCACAAUUUGAUUUUCCGUGAGCUCUUUUAGGUUCCAGCUCACCAAUAUUGAUUCCAAUUCCGAGUUCUUCGGUUAUGCAGUUUUUCUUUUUUGCCAUGUUUGAAGUAAGGUCAUGGCUAAAGGGUCUCAAAUUAGAGGUUAAACGAGACAGUGCAUUGAAAAAUAGGAACAAAAUCUUCAUUACAUUUUUAUCAAAUUAUAAUUAUGACACCAUUACAAUGCUAAUAUAUGUUGUACAGUGAUAUAACAGUGAAUAAAAAGGUAAAUGAUUGCUGUUCAAUUGUUUCAAUCUA